AUGAGCAUCCCAACUGGUUUCCAGGGACUGAGGGUCAAUGUUGACAGAGCAGAAAAGAUUGCAAACAAAACCCAGAUCCAGUUUUCCCAACCAGAGGAUAAUAAUGCCAAUCAAUUGUCUUCAAUUGGUGAUCAAGGUGGAAGAUGCCUGAUAGAGGACACAAGGCACAGCACAAGCUCCCUUCCUCCUUUGGUCUCUCAGAGUGAAUCACACGACAAAUUUGUGAUCUGGGACUCUGAGCAGCAAUGCAUGGAGCCUGAACUCAGAGAGUUUGAGGUUGUGGAGAGUCCGGAGAUUCAUACAUUCUUGGGAAACAGGGAUCAGGAGGAGGAAAAUGAGGAGGAAGAUGAUGGAGGAAGUUUGAGAGAUGGUAAAGAUGAAGGUCCAAUGUCUAUAUCCUCUAGUUCAACUGCCAGCUCUGCUUCAAUCGGGGCGAGGAUAAAUGACAAUGACAGCAACAAAGUGGAGAGCAGAAUACAGAGGGCCAAAGAGUCGCAGAAAAGGAUUGGCUGUCAUAGCACUGAAGAGCUAGACACAUGUGUGACAGGCUCAGUAGAGAAAAGGGACACAAGGUCAGGCAAAUCAAGAGACAGAGAGAGACGGAAGGGAGGUCUCAAAGAAUCCAAGUCUGAGACAAAUGUGUUUGUCUCCAGUCUGUCAGCUGUUUCCCACAGUGGGAGCCUAUCCAGUGCUCUGAAUUGUAGUGGAGAAGCACAGUCUCUCAUCUCUCUGCCCAACUCCAAGACCAAUCCUUACCCCAACACCAACAACACUACCUCAGCCCAGACUAGAAGAAGGGCAACCCCUGUAGAUGCCAACCAGAACACCUCACCAUUGCAUCCUCAGGAGAAACAUGACCGCCUUCAAUACAGAGAGGAGGAGGGAAGUCAUCAGAAGAAUGGAUUGUCCUCAGAUGGGGGGCUGGGCCAAAGGAGGAAGGCUGGAUUUGAGGAGAGGGUGUUGCCACCACGAAGGCAACAGCUUGUCAGACCCCUUUGUCAGACAGAGAUGGGGAGAGCAAGGAGCUUAGCAGAUCCCAAUGUUCAUCAAGCCAUCAAACCUUCUUAUCCAGACCCCUCUCUAGAUUCACACAGUAAUGGGUCAAACAGAAAGUUAGCAAGAACAUCUUUACGUGAACCAUCAGAUUUCUCCCACCUGUAUAGCACAGCUGGAUUUUCCCAGGCCAAAGAGCCCAACCAGGUGGCCCAGUGUGAGGCUUUGCCUGUGGAAAAUCAGGCGACUGCAACUGCUAAUUCAAGUCCCUCCAACCCCUCCACCUUAGAGAAGAGACCCCAGACUCAGCUUACAUACAGAAGGAACUGCUCCAGUCCCAAAAGGACCGGGGUCGAUUCCGAGGCAUCUACCCCUCCCCACUCCCCUCUCAGGACACCACAGGGAUCACCACGCAGGCAACCCUCUAUGUACCUUGUCUCCAGGAAUGUCUCGGGAGCGGUUAGACAGAUCCCGUCAGGAUGCAACCCUGCUGUAACAAUAUCAGCUCAGGGCUAUGGCAACCCUUGCUUAAGAGCACCAGUCAGAACCAAUAUAAGCACAACUGGAAUUCCCAAAGCGCCUCUCAGCAACCAGCAGAGCUCCCCCAACUCUAACAAUUCCAGCCCUAAAGAGAGUUCUCCUUCACCUAAACUUAAACCCAAAGGAGUUCGCCCCAAAAUCAUCACUUACGUCAGAAAAAAUCCUCAGUUUAAGCCCCAGGUUGCUGACGGACCAUAUCAGGUAUCUUCUUUACCAUCCAGGCUCUCAGCAUACACACAUGGCCAAACAGCCAGUUCCUUCAAAGACACACAUAAAGACCCCUCCAAGCCUGACAAAGAAAUCAGGGGAGCCCCAGUACUCAGUGCCUCCAACCUGCUUUAUGAAAAGUACCGCCAAGAGAUGCAAACAAAUAUCUUCCCAUCAGGAAUGCUGUGCCGGAGUAUCAGGCCCCCUGGACACACCAACACUGUUCCCCCUGCGCACACACAUGCCACUCCACAUGCACACACACACAGCCACACGGCACCCCCAAAACUGGGCGGCAAAGCAGGUGACUUUUACGGGGCAUCAUCAGAGGUGGGAAGAUCAGCCAGUUUUAAAGGGAGUUCUGCUGAGGACGCGCUGCAGCACCGCACAACCUCUCAAGCCGGAGGGAGCGGCAGUCUCCUGCGUUCUGGCCGAGGUCUGCGUCUGGGCCUGGGAGCAGUCACCAGAACGGCUACAGGCUCAGCCAAGGGCAGAGGACCUGGUCAGGGUCAGAGGUCGAUGCUUGUCUUCAGCCAGCCAGUCCAACCUGUCAGCCCAGCAACCAGUCACCAAAGCCAAGAUAACACAGUGGCAGUGUCUGCCCAGCCCGAGGCCGCCACCUCCAGGUCUCUGCUUCCCAAAGUGAACCAGUCAGGCCUGCGCCCCCCGGGCUCCAGUUCCAGCAGCCGUCACCCUGCAGGUCGCUUGGCAGCCUUCGGCUUCGUCAGGAGUUCCAGCGUUUCCUCCGUUUCCUCGGCCCACUCUGCUGACAGCUCACAGAGUGACCCCUGCAGACCAGGGCUGAGUGUGAGCGAGGAGCCUCCUCUUCACAGAGUGACCACCAGCCCUCCAUCAACAGAUCACCAGAGAGGUGUGCCAUGUCGCAGCAACAGCCUUCAACCGCCCUCGACCCCUGCCCUGCCCCGACGUUACCUGCCUACUCAGCCAAGAAGCUCCCCUGGAGUUGGCAGGAAGGAGUUUCAGAGGAGUUCUGAGGUCACACGUUCCCUCCCUUCCUCCCCAAAGAGGCUGGCGGUGGUUCCUCCCAAACCUCAGUCCCCAGUCCAGUCUGGGCAGCGUCCCGCAGCAGCCGUGCGAGGGUCGGCUCCCCCGGGGUCCCCUCAUCACUUAGCCCCCCAGAGGCUGCAGCAGGAACAGCAGGAGAGCCUGCAGAGAGAAAAAGAGGAGGCUCAACAGAAAGAGAGAGAGAGGCAAGUGGAGGAGAAAGAAAAAGAGGAACAAAAUGAGGAGGUGCAGAGGCUGCAGGGACGCUGCGAGCAACAGGAGAGGCAGCUAAGAGCUCUAAGAGAAGAGCUGAGGAAGACAUCCUUGGGUCUUGAAGCCUUCAUCAUCACCACCCAGCAUUACUGCCUCAAGUGUAAAACUACAGAAGAGAAUGAAAGGAAAUUGUCCCUGGAAAUGCAAAAGAUCAGGGAGGAAACGGCAUCCAACACAAUGCAAUGGGAGAGACUCCAUCAUGAAAAGACAUCACUGGAGGUGGCGUUUGAGCAAGAACUGCAGGAGCUGCAGCUGCAGCAGGAGGCAGAGCUGGCUGCUGUGGAGGAGGGGCUUAGGAAAUGUCACUCAGCAGAGGCAGAGCACCUGAAGACGGAGCAUCGGUCAGAGAUGGAGGAGCUGAGGACUCAGCAACAAGAACAGGUGGAGGAGAUGACUGUCCACCACCAGGCAGCCAUUCAGGAGCUCAGAGACAUGCAUAACAUCACCAUGGCAACACUACAUGAGGAGCAUGCCCGUACCAUGAGAGACUUAAGGAAAGCUCAUGAGCAACAGAAGCAGCUUCUAGAAGAGGAUUUUGAGAAACUCCAGCUUUCUCUACAGGAUCAAGUGGAUACUCUCACAUUUCAAAACCAGAGUCUGAGGGAUAAAGCCAAACGCUUUGAAGAGGCUUUGAGGAGGAGCACCGACGAACAAAUAGUUGAUGCUUUGGCACCAUACCAACACAUUGAACAGGAUCUAAAGAGCUUGAAGGAGGUUGUCGAAAUGAAGAACCAGCAAAUACACCAGCAAGAUAAGAAGAUCUCUGACCUGGAGAAAGUGCAGGCCCAAAAGAAUGUGUUCCUCGAAGAGAAAGUCCAGGUUCUGCAGCAGCAGAAUGAAGAUCUGAAGGCUCAGAUUGAUAUGAAUGUAGUCCAUUCUAGGCAACUGUCAGAAGACAACGCCAACCUCCAAGAGUCCGUCGAGAAGGAGAACACUGAGAAGAAGCGACUUAGUCAGAACAAUGAGGAGCUACUGUGGCGUCUCCAGACCAGCCCCCUUAUGUCCCCCUCCUGCUCCCCAUUGCACCGCUCCUUCUCUACUUCCCCCGUGCCCUCGUCCCCAUUCUUUUCCUCCUCACCUGUGGCAGGCUGCGAUUCCCCAACUCACUGCUACGGCUGUCCCCAGCAGGCGCAAUACUCCUCCCCCUCCCACAGAGCCGCCACCAAUCAAAAUUUCUCCCCUGGGCCAGCCACACCCACUCACAGGGCAGCGAGCAAUCAGAAUUACUCCCCUGGCCCAGCAACACCUACACACAGAGCGUCAGCCAAUCGCUGUAACUCACCUGCUUAUUUCAACUCUUUACAGCGAUAA